AUGGGCGUCUUCAGCCUCCUUUUUGUUCUCCUGGCCUCGCUUGUUUCCAUUGUGGUGGCUCAGAUACCCUUCCCUCAUUCUAGACAGCCCGUUCUUUCGGUCGAGGUUCUUCCUCCACUUCCAACCUCUGUUGCUCCUGAGCCGACAACUGUCUUGACUGUCGACUGUCUCUUCUGCUCUGUUACUGAUGGCGAAGAAGUGCCUUCUGUUACCGAGUGGGAUCCUAGUGUCGUUACGGUUACGGAGAAAUUCACCGUAAUCACGGAUGAGUUUACUCGUGAGUACAGCACCACGUAUGGAAAGUCUUCGGAAACGAUUAUCUGCGCGCCACCAUGCCACACACUUGUCACUGUCCCUUGGAGGAGUGGCGAGUCCAAGGCUGCCGCAGUAACUCCAUCGCCAAUAAUGACGUCGUGCAUCACGAUAUACAACACCCCUGUCCCUUCGGUAGAGACGUUGACUUCUCCAUACCUGUUGACCUCGACUUCAUGCUCGACUACUUCUACGCAUAUGUCUCCCUGGACAUGGGAGCAGCCUGGUACUUUGGUCUCGACUGGGCUGGCUUCGAGUGAACUCGGUAUCCCCCCUCUGAGUUCAGUUGAGGCAGUGGAGUCGACGGUAACUUAUGUACCAGAGGUCACAGACACUUUCGUCCUGACAAGCAAGACAAAGGUGACUCUCCCAUGGUCUUUUGUAUCUAUCGAGACAUCCUCCACUACCGAGACUUUGACAGAGUCGGUGACUGAGGAAGUCCCCGUCUCGGGGCCCUGCACAACAGACAUCACGGUGACGAUGACAAAGACCAUCACCGAGACAUGGGAGUCCAAGACGCCGUCAACCGCGACGCUGCUCCGUACUAUAUCGACAGUUCUUGUGGAGGCAUAUUCUACGUCGACGGGGGAGGUCGUGGUCGAAGGUACGAAGACCGAGUUGACUACGGUGGAGGCAGUGAGUUUGGGUGCAGAUUGUUCCGAGACGCCAGGCAAAUGUUGCGCAGCAUGCUCAGUCACAGUUGAGUCUGAUUCUGCAAGUGUAGAGACGAUAUCUUCGACUUUUGUAUCGACUUUGACGACUGUCGAGGAGUAUGUGUCGUCUGCUGGGGGUUCAGUAGUACCCGCCCCGUCCGAGACUGUGAUCCCAGGAAGCGAGGUUUCAUCUCCUACCACCUCGUUGACAGUCGUCGAAACAACCACUGUGUCUGGCUCGGAGACCGAGACGGACGGUGCAACCUCCGUUCAGACUGCGGGAGCCGCUCAUGUGACAGCUGCGAUGGGAAUAGGGGCUAUUUUUGGCCUGCUGGGUUUAUUGGCUUGA